AUGGAGAACGAGGAUGCAACGAUGUAUAGAAGGUGCCAAUGUCGUUUUUGAAUAGGUGGAGGGUGAGUAGUCACAUAGUAAGGUUCGACACCAACUCCCCAGCUUUGCAAAAGCAGCAAUGACACUCAAGAGAAGCUCAGAUCGAACCUCCACUCAGUGAGUGUGAGCAUGAGUGAGCUUUUAGAAUACAGGCGAUAGGGGAAAUAUCCACUCAAAUGUGGUGAGCCCGUGAUAUAACUUUUCCUGGGGAGAUAACCACUUGACUAGAAUGUGGUGACCCUGAAAUAUAAUUUCAUAUCUUACUUUUGUUAUAAGUUGUAUUUUUUAUUAUAUGACCAGAGUUAUAAGGGAAAUAUCCACUCAAAUGUGGUGAGCCCAUGAUACAACUCUUCCUGAGGAGAUAGCCGCUUGACUUGAAUCUAGUGACCCUAAAAUAUAAUUUCAUAUCUUGCUUUUGCUAUAAGGUCUAUUAAUUUUUUUUAUUAGAUGACCAGAGUUAUAAGGGAAAUAUCCACUCAAAUCUGGUGAGCCCAACUGAGCCCAAGUGAGCCCAUGAUAUAACUCUUCCUGAGGAGAUAACCACUUGACUUGAAUGUGGUGACCCUAAAAUAUAAUUUCAUAUCUUGCUUUUGCUAUAAGGUCUAUUUUAACUUUUUUAUUAGAUGACCAGAGUUAUAAGGGAAAUAUCCACUCAAAUGCGGUGAGCCCAUGAUACAACUCUUCCUAGGGAGAUAAACACUUGAAUAUGGAGACCCCAAUAUAUAAUUUCAUAUCUUCUUUUACUAUAAGUUUUAUUUUUUAUUAGAUAACCAGAGUUAUAGGGGAAUAUCCACUCAAAUGUGGUGACUCAUGAUGACAUGUGGUGACACAUAAUUUCUAUGUUAUUCGUUUACUAUUUCUAUAUUAACUUGUACAUAAAAUUGCACCAGUCUUCACCUAACCGGCACAGGAAGUUUGUCUCGCAUUUACAUAUUAGUCUACGGCUUAUUGUAUGCUUUUAUGUACUUCUUUUUCGUUGGCAAUGAUGAUUGUCGUUCUAGUGUAGCAUCAUAACUUUUCGAUUAUUGUUUGCAGUUUGCACCCAAUCUGAGCAUGCGAGAGUAAAGUUAUAAAAAAAAACUCGUUUGAGUUGUUUGUAAUGUAAUUAGUAAUGCUGUUCAUGCUGAAAUAAAAUAAUUAUUACAGAUUAUUUUUAUCAUGUUUUCCUGAAGUUGUUUUGCUUUUUUUAUGGAGUUUAUUAAAUGAAUUUCCAUAAGUUCCGCCACUAAACUAAGUGACGCUAAAUUGUCUAAAUGUUUUGUAUGAAUAUGAAUAGAUAAAUGUCUGAAACAAUCGUUUCCGACGAUCUAGGCACCCUAAUUUUAAAAAUUUUUCUCGCUCGGCGCCAACCAUAACCAAUAAUUUUUUCCUAGGUACGGUGAUGAUUAUGCAUACUGGAUUGGCUUGAAUGAUAUUAGCUCUGAAGGUUACUAUCAAUGGUCUGAUGAUUCUGCAUUUUAUUACGCUAAAUGGGGAUCAAGUGAACCACAUGAUGAUGAACAACAGGAAGAUUGUGUGGCUAUUACGAGAUCGUAUUUUACUGAGUGGAGAGAUUUGCCUUGUCAAUUGAAAUCGUCAUAUAUUUGCGAAAGUUAUAACG